AUGUCCAAAACCGCCAUAUCAAUUCUUUUGCUCAACGGGUUCGUUUUGUUUGGCUUGGCAGAUCAGCCGAGACGACAAACUCAAUUUGGUGAUAUUGAUGGCUUUUACUACACUGAUCCCUAUACGGAAAAGAAGGCUGCGAUUUACCUGGGGGUCCCUUUUGCGGAGCCGCCAUUGGGCGAGCUGCGGUUUGAGGUGAGCAAAUUGUGGAUUGAGUAAAUUGUUGACCAUUGAAAUCUUUGAAAAAAACUUCUAUUUAGAAGACAAAGUCUUGGUCACGAAAAUGGACAGCACCAUUAAAUGCUACCGAUUUUCCACCCGGAUGUGUGCCGAUGAUGCUUCCACCAGGUCAACGGUACAGCGAGGACUGUCUGAAAUUGAACAUUAUGACACCUAGCGAGCCGGUAUGCAUCUAGUUUCCACUAAUUUCCCUUGUCCAAUAUACUGUUAUAUUUCAGUCCAACGAUCCCGCCGGCUACCCGGUUUUGGUGUACGUGCACGGCGGUGCUUUCGGCUGGGGCUUGGCCGAAACCUACGGCUACAAAAAUCUGACACAAAAUUACGUGUCAAAAGGGCUGAUUGUGGUGGUGACGCAAUAUCGGCUCGGAGCAAUGGGCUUUGUCACAGAUGGAGGAGAGGAGUUGCCGGGAAAUCUGGGCAUGUUCGAUCAGGCCGAGACCUUCAAAUGGAUCCAUUACAACAUUCGGAGUUUUGGCGGGAAUCCGGACAAGGUGACGGCUUGGGGUCUGAGUGCUGGCGGAGGAUCCGUCGGUUUGUUGGAGUUGUCACCAUACUCUAGAGGUAAGGAAUUGCUGGGUUUUAAUUUCUGCAACAAAGGCAGUAGGAUACCGCAGAACAAAAAAUAUCAUUUUUUAUUCGCUGAUCUAAGGCUCCCGUUUUUUAUUAAGGGCCUUAAAAAUCUUCCACAGGCCAUGCGGUUUGAACAGGGAUUUUUUGAAGCUUUUUGUAUUCACCUUUUUUGAAAAGGGCCUUAAAAGGAAGACGGUGAAGAACCAGCUAAAUUAAUUUGUAAUUUAAAGAACUCUCAGCCCGUUUUAUGCUUUUACAGGUGUCAAUUUAAAGCCCUUUAAGACAUGCGGUUCCAUGGUGUAGCGGUUAGCACUCAGGACUUUGAAUCCUGCGACCCGAGUUCGAAUCUCGGUGGGACCUAGUCAAUCUUUUUUGAUCAUUUUUUCCUUCUAUUCUUGUUGUGCUUCAGAUUACAUUCACAAUAUAAUCGCCAUGAGCGGAACUCCAUUGUGUCCAUGGGGUGUUCAGCCGCAAAAACACGUCAAGAAAUAUUCUCAGGAAGUGGCGUAUGCGCUAAACUGCGAGACCGGGAAAUGGAAGGAGUGCUUCAAGAAGACAACAACAGAUGAGUUUCUGGCCGCGACAAGCAAAGUUGUAAGUUUCAACUGUUUUUUUUUUGACAUUUGAAACUUCUAAUUUGACCUUUGUUUUAGACCCGUCCAAUUCCAGAGGUUGAACUUCUGAUGUUCAUUCCGGUCUACGAUAACGACUUUGUUCCGAAGCACGUAUACGAACUUGUAGCUGAUACAGCUCAUACCAAGAAGAUCAACGCUAUUGUUGGCGUAACCAAACUAGAGUCUUUGUAUUUCAGUAAGUUUUUGUGUGAUGAACCGUCAAUAAUGUUAAAUUGUGGAUUCAUCUCACCGAAAGGAAGACUUGACCCAAAAUUUUUUUAACGAAUAGCGAAUUACAAGAGCAAAUCAAAAAAGUUUUUCGUCGAAUAUAUUCUCAGAAUUUUGCAUUUUAAUGAUUAUAAUUUAAAUUUCUUAGGGCCAAGUCAUCUUUCGAUGUUUUUGUAACCCAUCUGUCCGUAAAAUGUGCCAUGUCCUUGUCCGUUUUUCGUACCGAAGACUGAGGACCACACGCUCUAUUUUUCAGCGAUUUUAAACUUAUACAUGGUUAUGAACAGCUUAGAUAUUCCCAAGAUGAAUCAGUCCGAGUUUGGGAAGCAGGAUUUAAUCGACUACACGCACAAAACGUUGACCAGCCCCGAGCGACUGGGCGAUCGCUGGAGAGAGGUUGAAGAGCGGAUUGUUGCGUUCUACACUAGCGACAAGGAGAGUGUAACCGAUCCAGAGCUCAGAGAGCAUUACUAUCUGUGGAAGUACAUGGAGGUAAGACGGCUUCAGUUUGCGGCUUCAAAUUGUUAUUUGUGGCUUCGAAAAACCUCCAAUAAUGAGCCUGAUCUUACAGCUGACGGCCGACAUUUUCUUCACUCUCGGCGCUUUGCAAUACUCCGAUCUGCGCGCUGCAAAUGGGCUGAACACUUACUUAUAUCACACCGAAUAUUUCAAUCCCUCGCAAUAUCCGGAGGAUUUGAAAAUCAAAGCCGCAACUCAUGCGAACGAGUAUCCCUAUAUGAAUGGAGAUUUUCCAGUGGGGCAUUUCGAGUUUGACGAUGAUGAUCGGGAGCAUCAGAGGAUCAUUGUGGAUAUGAUUACAAACAUGGCUUUGACCGGGUGAGUCCUACACAACUCAAGUUUAUUCCUCAUUCAGAAAGCCCCAUCCUGACUGGGCGCCCUUGGACAACGACCGCAAUAAUUACGCCAAUCUUGGCGCAAAACUUGAACUUCGCAAUGAAGAGUUCGCACCAGAAAAAUGGCACUUCUGGAAUAGAUUGGCCAAGGAUUACGGGCGCGACAUAAUCUCGUUGAAAGAAGUUCGCUCAAACAGGGACGAAUUGUGA